AUGCAGCACACCGACCUUUUCACUCGACAAAGGCGUGCCGCAGCCCUACGAAUUCAGGCUUGCUGGCGAUGUCACGUAGCUCGGCACCGGUAUCAACAGAUUCAGCACGCCGUGCGUUUGCUUCAACGGCAAUGUCGCCGAUGGAUGGCUCAGCAGCGGUGGAAACAGCGGCAAAAGGCAAGCCAGGAGGCACCUGCAGCCACUGUGGGUACUGUUACGCCUCUCAAGGCGGGCACCAGCGACAGCGAGACCGUGUCAUGGCCAGCGCCAGAGCAACCAGGUGCUGGGGGCUGGAGCUGGGAAGGUGCAAACACGAGCAGUAUCACAAAGGAGACGGUCGCCAAGACGCCUCGUUCAGGAACCGCUGCCCCAGCUCCUUCUCGCAUUGUAUUCAAGGCAACCGUUGCGCCAGCCACAAACGCCACCGCAACGGCUAGCCAACCCACGCCCGCGCUCAGUGGCUCGGCUGCAGUCACACCAGCCGCGGCUCCGAGCUCAACGCGAGCCCGCCCGGGAAUGCAAGAGCUGGAGCAGAAACGAGAGCGGCUAGCCGAGCUGCGAGCACGGCGCAUGGCUCUCCAAAAAAGAAUCCGUGAGCGCUCAGGCCAGACCACGGGUGUACAUGCCGACGCCCCGGACGGCUCAUCGGGCUCCAAUGGGUGCUUGCGGGGGAGUCAUUCGGGGAGCCAGGUUUCCGGGCGUGGCGGUGCCAGCAGCCGCUCGCAUCGUAAUGCCGAUGUGGUGGUUGCUCGCGCGCUGGCCCGUGAGACCAUGUUCAAUACCACUCGUAACGCAGGCUAUCAGUACACCAAGCUUAUCCGGGGCAACGAUGCUCAGCCGAGCUUUGCUGAUUUGGGUGAAGCCAUGGCAGGGCUAGAUGUGUCACCGUUGGCGACGGAGCGCUCGCGGCGGGUGCAGUUUGCUGAAACGCGGUCACAAAUGGUGCUGGAAUUUGCUGACCAGGACGCGCCUUCGCGCAUCGGAAGCAAGAAGCGUUUGCUGUAUCAUGGUGCCACAUCAUCGGCUGGACGAAGCGAACGUCGCAAGAGUCUAUUACGGACACCUGGCAACUUUGUGUUGGCCGACCUCACGCAGCAGACAGUUUUGAUCAACCCCCCUGGCAGCCGGCAGCGGCGAGGAUCAAAAGUUGUGGUGCCCGCGCACGAGCUCCUCUCGGCAUCGGGUCGCAAGGAUGCUCAGCGUUGUGCAUGACAGCCAUCUCCUGCCAGUACAGAUACCAUGACCAAGCAUGUUGUGUCAUGAGACGCCCUUGAGCGUCCAGUACAUGUGUAUGUGUUACGUGUGGGGCCUUGGGCUGGCCAUGGUGUCACG